CAUUAACCUAGGCAAACGAACAGUUCUUCCACGUAGAUUCUUUGUUUUAAUUUCCUUAAUUAAUAUUAAUAUAAUAUAGACUAUAUAAAAAGACACAUCAAAGGACAAACGAAAUGGCACGAAAGAUUGGAAUCUCAACGCCAUUGUGGUGCAUUUUGCUAGUCAAUUUAAUAAGUGUGUACGGCCUGGUGGAUCAGGGACAGGGGGUGUACCGAAAAAAUAGUUAUGACUCCGCAACAGGCUCCACAGGAUCUUUCCCCUUCCUGAUGCCCAUGGUUUCACCGAAAACUCCGGAUUUGUACUUGUGCACUCCAAUAAAAGUCGAUCCAACUACCACAUACUAUAUUGUUGGAUUUAAUCCGAAUGCAACCAUGAACACGGCGCACCAUAUGCUGCUGUACGGAUGUGGCGAGCCGGGAACCACUAAAAGCACUUGGAACUGUGGAGAAAUGGCACAAACAACGGCUGAGGAAAAGGCCAGCCCCUGCGGACCCCGUUCACACUCUCAGAUCCUAUAUGCAUGGGCGAGAGAUGCCCAAAAGGUAACUUUGCCUGCGGGUGUCGGCUUCAAGGUGGGAAAGGACUCGCCAACCAAGUAUUUGGUGCUGCAAGUGCACUACGCUCACAUUGACAGAUUCAAGGAUGGUUCCACCGAUGACUCUGGCGUGUUUCUAGACUACACAGAAAAACCCCUUCAAAAGUUAGCUGGCACAUUGUUAUUGGGCACAGACGGAAUCAUUCCCGCACUGAAAACGGAGCACAUGGAAUCAGCUUGCGAAAUAACUGAGAAUAAAGUACUAAUUCCAUUUGCCUAUCGCGUGCACACUCACGAAAUGGGCAAAGUUGUGGCUGGAUAUAGAGUGCGAUCGAAUAGCGAGGGAAUUCAAGAAUGGGUUCAACUUGGAAAGCGGGAUCCGCUUACGCCUCAGAUGUUUUACAAUGUCACGAACACCGACCCCAUUUUGAGUGGAGAUCAGCUUGCCAUAAGGUGUACCAUCAAAAAUACCCGUCAUCGGAUAACUAAAAUUGGCCCCACCAACGAGGAUGAAAUGUGCAAUUUUUACCUCAUGUACUACGUGGACCAUGGGGAGACUCUGGAUAUGAAAUAUUGCUUUAGCCAAGGUCCGCCCUACUAUUACUGGUCCAAUCCCGACACUGGCCUACACAAUAUACCACAUAUCGAAGCGAGCACCUUGUAAUUUGGAAAAACUCUCGUGCUGUGGAUGGGAUGUGCAAUGUGCAAUGUGCAAAAUUGAAAUUAAAGUAUACUAAUUUAUUAUCGAAAUUAUUUGUAUCGUGUAACCCAAAUGAUCAUAGUUUAAUCUCAUAGUGUAUUCUAUUAUGUUGGACGAUGUUUCUUGUUGAUUGAUGUGUGGCCACCAAUGAUUGAUGUAAAAUAUAUAUACGUGUAAAUAAACAUAUGUAGAUACUUCGCAAA